AUGAAUGUAUUAACAUUUGCACAACGAACAUAUAAUCGACGAGCUUGUUCUCUUUAUCUUUCAAUUGCUUCUAUUUGUGAUUUUAUUCAUUUAAAUUCUGGACCUUUAACAAAUAUUCUUCAAUAUGGUUUUCAUUAUGAUUGGACAAUUAAUUCAAAUACUUAUUGUAAACUAAAAAGUUAUAUUUCAUUUGUUUUUACUGUUAUAUCAGCUACAUUGACAGCUAUUGCUAGUAUUGAUCGAUAUAUUCUUAGUUCAAGAAAUACUAAUCGAUGGAAAUUUAGUACUCGAUCAAUUGCUGUACGAUGUAUUUUAUUUACGAUCUUCUUUUGGAUUUUUUUCUCAAUUCCUAUUGCUUUUUGUUAUACUCGUUAUAAUCAUUCAUCACAUAAUGAACAAUUAAUUUGUUCAAAUGUAUCUCAACAUAUGCCAUGUCAUAUAAUUCAAAUUAUUUAUACUUGCAUAUUUAACGGAUUUCUUCCUCCUGUUAUUAUGAUCUAUUUUGGUUUAUUAACUUGUACUAAUGCUCGUAAUCUUCGUCGUCGAUCUUUAACAGAUUCUGCUCGACUUCGACAAAUUAAUUAUCAAUUAACAUUAAUGCUUAUUUUACAAACAGUUAAAUCAAGUUUCGCAUCUCUUCCAUUUGCGAUAUUUAACUGUUAUUUAUUAGCUACCAUAAAAUUAGACAAAUCACUAAUUCUUCAAGCAAAAGAAAAUUUAGUCAAUCAAAUUGUUUAUUUGCUGUUUUGGAGUAAUUACACGAGUUUCUUUGUAUAUAUUUAUUCAUCGGAUAUAUUCAGACAUCAAUGUAUGAAAGCAAUGAAAAGAUUAGUAUGUUGUUCUUGUAAUGGAAAAAAACGACGUUACUAUCAUCGACCUGGUUUAAAACAUUUAAAUACUACUGCGCAUAUUUUUGAUACGAAAUAUAAACCAGCACAAAUUUUGUAA